CUUAAAUUAAAACGAGAAACUCCUGCCACUCCUGCUACAUACUUUGUAAAGGAAAUUGCUAACCGCGUCGAAAAUGUUUUCCGGAGUUGCCGGCAUGCUGCCACUUCCUCCCACUGGGAGCGGUGGUUCGUCCUCUGCUGCCGGUGCCCAGGGCAGCACGAGUAGAGGCACAAAUAGCGACCAGCAGCAACUCGUGCACUUCUGCGAAUCGGUCGGAAUUCGCUCGCUCGCGAGGAAUGGCAAGUACCUGGCGCACUACAAGAUGACGAUGACCACCACUUCCGGAGGGUUAUACUAUGGCACAGCAGGCGGGUCUGCUGGGAGUUCUUCGUUUGCGGGAACUAGUACAACGGCGAGCAGCACUGGUGUGAAAAAUUCCGUUGAAAUUGCGGGCGUCCACCCCUUUCCGCGCACCGACGGCACGUCCGCGCCCAGUGAAUGGUCCGUGCAUCGGUUUGCGCCCGAGAAGCGGUUUACCAAUUUGCAGAUCGGAGGCAGUUCUGCGUCUUCCUCCGCCACGGGUAGUAAUGUCCGUGCCGCCGCCGGGGGACUACACCACAGUCUAGGUGGGCCGCCGUCGAGCUCCUUUCUAGAUGAGGCCACGUUGCGAUGCGGAGACUCUGUAUUGCUGCGGUGUAUGCGUUCUUGCCUUGCUGGCUGUGACCAUGUGCUACGAUAGCAUGGAUAAUUUAGUAUAGUAGUACCAGCUCCUCGAGUCAACAGAGAUCCGUCUCGUCGACGAGAUCGAUCGAAAGUAAGCUGCGACGAGUAGUUGUUGUGUCAUGUUGCAAGAAUGAAUGACCCGGCCAGGACGACAGGAACAGGUGUAGACCAGCACGUUGAAUGUACUUGAAAAACCAAAACACCAAGAAAGCGAAUAUCUAAACAGGUUUGCUUCGUUCGUAACCGCGACCCGGUGAAGAACACUUGCGAGUACCUCACCUCCCUCGGCCGGGAGCAGAUUAGCGUCGAGCGAGAUUCUUGCGAUGCGACCAGGCCGGGGUACAAUAUGGCGUUCUCAACUGUUACAUUCUCAACUGUUGCAUGAAUUUGUCAUGCAGAACUACCAUCAAGAUCCACACGAGAAAGCUGCGUCGCAUGACAAAUUUGCGAAGAGCUUAACAGCACCUAAAUCUGUGCAGAACUUGUAAUGCUAGAGGUGCAACCUCCCCCCUUUCACUUUUGCAAUUCUUGCAUCACAGUUGAGAAUGUAACAAUUGAGAACGCCAUAUACAAAUGGCUGAUCGUGAACGCCGACGACCCGCGGAGCCAGGCGAAACUGCAAGAGACAGACGCGGUCUACUUGAAGGAUCCGUUCCACAACUUCCUCUCCGUAAAUCCGAGUUUCGGCCAGGGUGCUGGCGGGGGGCCCUCCGCGCCGGCAAAGUCCUCCACGCCAAUCUGCGUUGCGGAGACCCUACGCCACGAGCGUUGCGUCAGGUAUUGGGUACUUUGCAUUUUUGCAAUAGUUUUCUUUCAGUAUCAAUUCAUUAAAGGGAAGAUCGGACAGAAUGAAUAUAGAAUUUUGCACUGCAGGCAUUGCCACCUCGACAAACUUAAACGUCACUUGAGCUUCUGGACGGUGUGUUUGUUGGCGCUGUCCUUCUUGUCACGACUGUCACUUCUUGCUAUUUUUUCUCUUUCAGCACAAGUGGAUGCAAAGGGAAAAGAAUCCAACACAAAUACGACGAUCUUGAUCUCUCACCUCAUUUAGGUGGCAGCUCCUGCGCGCAAAGUCUGUGCCCAUGUGGGAGGUCUUUGAGCCCCCUCCGGACAACACUACCGAAACAAUAGCAAAUUCAGCCGCCGCGGGUGGCUUUAACCCGAAUCUGUCUUCGCUGGACAUGUCGGUUCUCUCCGCGGCAACGCAAAACCGGAACAAUCCGACCAACAAUCUCUAUCACUUGCUCCAGCAGCGACAGGCGGAGACGACGCUCCCGGUUUUCAACCACGCUACGGACAACCUGUUUGACGCGCCCCAUUUUAUGCGCGAAAACAACGUUUUCCAACUCUUCUCCUCGUCUACCGAGGACCCGCCGACCGCUCUGGAGCAGGAGAAAGCGCUGGUGGAGGACAUUUUGUUCUGCUUGCUCGGGGUUCGGGAUGGCCAGUUCAUUAAGUGUAAGAAGAUACGAACAGGAGGAUCUACAACUGGAACGACAACAUCAUCUGCCGGCAGCAGUGGGGUAAAUAAUAACCCGCCUGUCGCGUUCAAAUACGAGAUUCCUUCUGCUGGUGCAACCACUGGUGGGGGCUCAGCUAGUACCGGGACGACGAACCCGGCCUCUGCAACCGACAGCGCUGCGAACAAUGCGGAAAGCUCGGGAAGCGCCGGGAACUCACGGGCAAGAGCGAGAAGUGGGUCCUCGUUGCAAGGCGGCGGCGUUCCGAUACCUUGGAAGGUACAGGGAGUUUUCAUCAUUUUCUGUUGUUCCAGACUGUUGGCAAGCAGGUGCAAGUGAUAUAUUUCGUGCACUUUUGAUCAUUCCUCGUGCCCGCUAUAAAUCCUGUGCACGAAUUUUUAGGCGAGAUGUUGAAAUAAAUCUUCUCAAGAAAUAAAACUCCGAAGGUCGCCCUGAUCCAUUUGACAAGGCAGAUCCUGCCCCUGUGCGAAUGGCACGCCACUGUCACCGACUACGUGGACUACCACUCGACACUAGACAAGGGAAAGAUUCAGCACGCCCUGUGCGCCGCGGUAGACAAUCUCGUGCAGGAAUACAGAUUGAAAAUCGGCCAACUGGAGAGUCUCCAUCGCGAAGAUCAUCAUAGCACCGGCGCAGGCAACAGCGCCGGCGGGGGUGCAACAUCCAAUUCAGCAAACAACUUCACGCUGCAUCGCCUCUGGUACCUCCUGCAGCCGUCCUUCGAGACGAUGUCGCAACUAGCGGCGAUCUGCACCGCCGUGUACGGAAAAAGCGGGGGCAGCUUGCUUCGGGCAUUAGAAGCGGUGAUGCAGGGGGGACGAUUUGGGAACUCGGUCGUGCGGAAAAAAUUGGCGGAGCAUUGUAUUGAUAGAAAAACGUCGAUCUUCCUAGCCUGAUGUCAACCAACAUAUGUGAGUUUGGAUUCGCUUUAUAGUUGCAUAGGGAAAUUCAAAUUCUUCACCCGUGCGUGGAUAGGAUUUCUCAUUCUCUUGCAAUGUCGCAUUCUUACAACUGAAGUAUCCCUUCGUUUUUCUUGUGCUUCUGGUUCUUCCGCAUCUACACCCACUCGUGACAUUUUUUUUUGCGACAACCUCUCAGGUCUCGCGGCCGCCACGGUUCCUUUUUUCGACAUGCUCGCGGAUUGGCUCGAGGAGGGAAAACUCACCGAGGACGUGUACGACGAGUUUUUCGUAAAGAAGAACCCGCAGGUUUCGGAGAGCAAAUUUGGCCCCUUCUUCUGGCACAACCGUUACUACGUGGAGCCCUCGCUCAUCCCCGGGUUUUUACUCUCCCUGAAAGACCGAAUUUUGAAGGCGGGGAAGUAUAAAAAGGUGCUAAACGACUGCAUCCGGAUCAAAAACGAGGAAAACGCGGGACGAACACAUGUUGAACAAGAUGCAGGACGAAUGCAUUUUUCCCAACGGGGCUCGUCGUCCAGGGCGGUCACGACCUUCUCGAGUAGAAAAAACGAAAAGGACGACAACGACCACUACACGGGAAUAAAUAGUAUUAAAAUCGCCACCAGCUUGAUGACGAGUGUUUCGUCGGAUCACCACGACCACCCGACGAGCAAGUCGAAAAGUAGAACUUUCUACUACACCAAGUCGGACUCCUUCUACAUUCAGAAGGUCACGAAGUUCUACCAGCAGAGCUCGAAGCAACUGCUGCAGUACUUUCUGCACGAUCUGAAGCUGAAGACGCGGCUCCGGGUCUUCCGCGCGCUGUUUUUCCUGGAGAAGGCAGACUGGGUCUCCAUCCUGUUUUUGAACGCGCGCAACGAGUUGGAGCAGCCGAUGAACUUGGUGAAUGCGCAACGCUUGGAGUCCGUGCUGGACUUGUCGUUUCGCAGUUCCUCGCUGCACGUGCUGUAUAACAACACUCUGGAGCAAAAACAACCGAUUUUUGUCAACGCCCAGACCGCGUUGAAGGAAAGCUUGGACUUCGCGCGAGUAAACAGCAGCAGCACAGUAUGAAAUGCAAAAGCAUCGUACUAGUAAUAGUAUAAAUCGCAUGACAAAUUUACCUUAAGAAAAAACUACUACGAGUGCGAUACUUUUGCACAGGAUACACAGAUGAACAACUACAUCUGGAUAAUGAAGCCGAAGACGCCGGGCGGGGUGUUAAAAGUGCCGGAGCAGCCACGGGACGAGGACGCAGACGAGGGCAAGAUCAAGAUGACGCGAGACCAGACACAGUAGAUGAAGAUCAGGAACAAGUAGACGAAGGCGGUAAUGUGAUUGAAGACCAAAUUGCAGCAGACGAACGCCCUGCGUACACGACGUACUUCCCGAAGACACCCUUCGCUCAGUUUUCCCGGUUGCCGACGACUGACAAGGACGUCACGGAAAAGAUUCUGUCGCAGAUAAAGCCCGCAUUUCACACCUUCCGAAUCGAAGACAAAUGCAGGAUGUUGCUGCAAUCUUCGAGUUAUCAACUGCAAAAAUGUCUGGGUCUGGAAGGAUGCCAGAUUUAUCAUGCAGGUUUUCUAUGACCCACGAGGUCUGGAGUGCAGCACCUAGCAUGAAAAAUUUGGUUAGAUCUCUAUCAUGCCUAUCCUGCAUGGGAAAUUCCCUCUCGACUUGGUGAAAACUGGAGGACUUUUAGUAAUCAUGCAACACAGAUUUUUGCAUGCUUCAGAUUUAGCAUGAGGAGUUGCAUUCUUCCAGACCCAGACACUUUUGCAUUUGAUACGAGUAACCUGGGAGGCUCUAGUACCUCAAGCGGCGGAAUGGCAGCAGGUGGUAUUUUCAGCAAUAGUGGAGGGGGCGACUACAAUCAGGAGGUGCCAUUCGAGGAUUUGAUUGUCAUGAACCCCAGCACGUCCGCCGCGAUGAAAAACGUGCAGCAACCCGGAAUCAAAUUCUUCACGCUGCAAUACACGACCGAAGCAGGAGGUGGUUCUUCGAGCUCUUCUUCUGCAGCCGCCGGGUCAUCAUACCAGUACCACCAGCCUCAGCCGCACGAGCAGAUGAACAAUUACGAUACGACUGCGGCAGCUUCGUCGUCCUCCUCUCAGACGACGCAAAAUCCGGAAUGGCUUUUGUUCCACGGGAGUAACUUGCUGAAGUACCAGUGCAUCUUCCGACACUUGAUCUACCUGAAAUACGUCGAGAAGCGGCUGGCGGACGUGUGGAUCAUGGAGCAAAAGAUGGCGUUCGCGAACGGAUCCGCACAGCACUACAAAAUGCUGAACAGCAAAUUUUCGACCGUCCAGAGCCUGCGGGAGUCCUACAGCCUCCGGCAGCAGAUGUACCACUUCGUCCACUCCUUGCUCCACCUCUCGCAAGCCAGCUCGCUGGAGCCGAACUUUUUUAGCCUGAUCAAGCAGCUAGACGAGAUUGACUCUGUCGACGAGCUGCUGGAAGUGCACGAUCUCUUUCUCUACAAGUGCUUCACCGAAACGCUGCUUUUGUUCGAGUGCAGCGGCGGGGGCGGGACGAGUGCAGCGUCGUCGCCGAACCAACAGCUGCCAGGAGAGCAAAACAGCUCGAAUCUAAAUCUCUCCUUCAACACGACAGCGAGUAGCACGACUACCAUGUACCACACGCUGUUUAUCACAAGAAGAAAAUGUAAAGAUACACAGUUUACAGUAAUAAAUUUCAGCAACACAAAUUUUCAUCUCUGCACGACAACGAAAUAAGAUUGCAAUGUAGAGAUCAACAUAAGGGGAAGCACGCAGUACGAAAUUGCGCUCUUCAUAUGCAUAAGCAUAUCUGGCGUGACAGGGCUUGUUUCUCUUGCUUGUUCCCCAAGAACUACCUAAUGUGUAACUGUACCACUUUUUUCUUUGCAUACUGUUGAAGCUUCUGUCCACCUGCGUUUUGUUUGCCACGGCCGUGGAGGACUUCAUUCAGCGGUUCGGCACCACAACCAACAUGAAUAACACCGUCCCCGGAUCCGGGCUGGUCUCCACGACGAAUUCCGCCACCGCGGCGACCGCCAACACGUCGAUUUCCAGCCGCUUCACGCAGGCGAUCCAGGAAAAUAACCGUAUCAAAUGUAAAAAUGUCUUAUGGCGCGCCUAAAGUAGCUUUUUUAAAAGUACUAGAAUUUUUUUUUUGCAAGCGCUUCAGUGCCAGAACCUAGCUAAUAAAACUAGCUAACUCUGAAUAUGCAUGAGAAAUUUAUUGCGAAUAAGUGCAAAAGCACGUCGGCGUCGAGAGGUAAGUAGGCUGGUACCCUUCGAGGCUCUGGUCUACGGAUCUGUCCAGAGCGGUCCCGUCGCCAAGCCUUGCUGAGGGUCCUCUACUCGGAGCUCUGGCUAGGUGUACGGUCCCGAAACGACGAAAACCGCGCGGAAUUUACCAACCUCCGAUACUCGGUUCCGAACAUCCAGCCAGAUCUUGACAUUGGCGCACGAUGGCGCUACCUACACUGCGACGGCGCAUUAGCUGUCGAACAUGGGAAAAAAAACCUCUGCGAAUCUAUUGGGAAACUUCGCCCGAGUUUGUCCCCCUCCGCAGAUGCCAACUGAUCGGCCUCUUCGGGAGGGGUAGCUACAUCGGGAUUGGCGAUUUUUUUGGGGGGUGUUUCGUAGGCCAUUUUGCCGGCCACUUCGCGGGCCCUUUGGGGGCCCUGUGUUGGGGCAGGCCUGCGUGCCCGUUACUCUUUUCGCUGCGGUCCGCAGCAGGUGGCCUCCGCACUUGCGUAUUGCGAACUCGUUCGCAAAUUCGCAGUAGACACCGAACGUCAUGAGAUGGCCCACCUACUGUUUCAACCGGAGUAGAUGACUUUGCGCACAACCAGAAACAUGUCCGAGCUCGCCACGACGUACCGAUAGCGCUCCGGACAGAUCCGUGGGCCAGCCCUUCGUGGAAGACGAGCAAGCUACUACCUCUGAGUUAGACAACUGGUUACGCAUGCAAAAUUCCACCUAGUUUGAUUAGCUAACUCUAUCUAGUUUGGUAUAGCUAGUUGCCGACGUGCCGCACAAACAUCAAAAAAAAAAUUCUAGUACUUUUGAAAAAGCUACUUUAGGCGCGCCAUAUGUCUUGGCCUGGAAACUUGUAAUGCUGCGUUGGGAAUAGUGAAUGCCCUGUAAUGCACAGACAAGCAUGAGAAAUGUCUGCGCUUCUUUGUGUUGCGUUUUUCGCAUGACAAGCUGCGUUUUUGCAUGACAGGCAGAAGGGCCUCUUCUUGGACACGCAUCAUAAACUUUUUGAUCAUGCCAGACAACCAUGACAAAUCUCGCAAUCUUCCAGACCCAGACAUUUUUACAGUUGAUAAACCGGUUGGCGCUGCAAUCGGUGCUCGAAAACGAGCACUACAAGAAGAUGAUUCGGAAGUUCCAGACGAUCUUCAACAAUCAGCUGCAAACCCUGCUGAACCAGGCGAAGCAAAUUGUGGCGCAAUUCGGCUUAUCCUGUGCAAAAGUAUCGUAUUCGUAUAAAUGCAAGUCUUGCAGCAUUACAAAUUUUCUUCUCCAGGUAAAUCCGCAUUGCAAAUUUUAAUUCUCAUGCUGAGGGAAUUUGUCAUGCAUUUAUACGAAUCGAAUAUACUUUUGCAGUUCAUAUGGCUCGGACCACUACCUUCACCAACUGCUGCUAAAAUUGGACUUUAACGAUCACUACUUGAACGCAAGCGUUGUGGUUCUGGGGGGCUAGCGGUCGUGUGAGUAUGUACUUACAAACAUAGCUGCUGCAUUGUUUUGGUUUUUCUCAUUUUACCGUCUCUCUUUGUGAUUCUUGUGAAGAUGGCCAAGCCCUCACACCGUUUAGCUGAACUACAGUGCCCUCACUAAACUAUCUGGCUCUGGGCCUCGAGCUUUUAUCACGCUGUCGCACAAAGACAAAAGCAAAUCUCAAACUCAUUAUUGUACUUGUUGCCGGCGGCGGCGGCGCGCAAAAACAAGUCUAGCAUUCCUAGUAGUGCCAGAGUGUGUAGUUGAGCAUCUGCAGCAUGAUUCGUAACGGUCGUGUAUUUUCUAAGUUGGCCUGUGGUCCUGAUGAAAUAUCAGAAGUCUGUUGUAUCUACUAUAGAACGAGGCUUAAUAAGUGCGGGAGUGGUCAUUGGCUUUUAUGUCUGUUCCGAUGUUAAUUGAUCUGUUCCGGUGCGGCGUACCUAAAGUUCUCAGAAAGUAAGCCGCGUAACUAAUUGAUUGAGUUGUGAGGCGAUGGCAGGAUAUUUUUAUAUCGUGAGUAGUGUUGCCCGCGCAGCAAGUGCUGUUACCAGGUACUAACCACAAUUGUGCGGCGCUGAUGAUUCCUUUUGCCACAGAACUUACCGAGUAGAAGAAGUGAGCGCAGGAGCUGCUCCCGUUGUGGUCUACUGCUCUUAUUUCAAUUUCACUAACUUCCUGGAUGAGCAAGAGCAAGUCACGCCGACAGAGACAACUAGAGAAAAAGAAGAAUUGAACGGAGACCACGACGGUGUGAAUGCACAAACACGAAGAUGCUAU